AAUCCUAAAUAAACCCCUGUUUAGUUAAAAAAUAAAUAAAUUAACAAUACAUUUUAAGACCUUUCAAAGAACUUUUAUCUACAAAAACGUAAAGUGUGAUAGUUUUUAUUUAUCUACAUGUCAUUUGAAGAAUGUUGCCUUGUACAUUAAACUGAGGAAACUUACAAUUUCUAUGGAAAAAUACAGAUUUUAACUCAUUUGUCAGUGUCCAUGUUGUGCGUGUGGAGGCCAGCACACUUCUUCAUGCUUGUCAGCAGAGUGCUCUGAGGUCACUUGAAAAAAAAAAGGGAAAAAAAAACCCUCACUGACAUUCUUUUCUCGUCCAGCAUUUGCUGCCCAUUAGCCGAGUCAGUCGCUCGUGUCUCCAGACUCAACACCUUCUUUUUAACAAAGGAUUUUUCACAACUGAGACAUGACGUCUAAUUCCAGUUUGUCCAACAUGCGACGGUUGGUGGAACAGCUGAAGCUUGAGGCCAGUGUGGAAAGAAUAAAGAUCUCCCAGGCAGCUGCAGAGCUCCAACAAUACUGUCUGCAGAACGCCAGCAAGGAUGCUUUGCUGGUUGGAGUCCCGACAGGCAGCAACCCGUUCAGGGAGCCUCGAUCCUGUGCUGUGGUGUGAAGAGGAAGAAGACGUGGACAUAAGUGUGGCAUCUCACUCAGAGGAAAAGAGAAAAGCAAAAAAGAUUUGCUUAAUGUACUGAGAACAACACUCGGAACAUCAUGUUUUAAGUUUUUUUUGUAUGGAUGUAAUUUUAUUUUAAUAUUUUGUGUUCACUUUCUAGCUUUUUUUUUAAAAGUAUCAUUUAAAGCUGAUGUGUGAUCAAGUGGUGAUGCAGCACAGAAUUGUAGUGUGAUUUUCUUAUUUUUGCCUGAGAUCUAAAGCACAGUGGAAUUUCAUGGCGUCUGAGUUUCCUGAUGUUCAAUCUAAGUUAGGAAGAGAGAGGAAACUGAGUCUUCCUGUCCCAAACUGCAAAGACGAAGUGAGUCGUUUCCUUUUAGCUUUUGAGCUGGUAGACGAGCUCAAAACAGCACGAAACAACAACCUUUUCUCAUAUUUUGGAUUCUUCUUUCGCUGUUGAACAGUUUUUUGUUUAUUUUAAUAAAAAAAAUACUUUUCUGUGCUUCUGUUUUCAGUAUACAAAAGGUAUCAACUUAACAAGAAAAAAGCAUUGUGUGUUUUAUUUCCUUUUCCUGACUUCCUCUUUCAGGGAUGAAGCUCAGAGCUGAUCUCUAUGAUGCUUUCUUUCCCAUUGACCUUUGCUCAGAUGUGCUGAAAAGAUCAGCUGCUGCUCAUUUUGUGGAGAGCCCAUAAUUACUAUAAUUGAUUUGUGAUACUUUAAUUGAUUAACUAAUAACCCUGUUCAGUUUAUUGUCUUGGUAACAAUAAAUAAUAUACACAUGGAAGGUUUGAUAAGACACAAACCUUUUCUGUUUUUACUCCAGUUUCACCAAAAAGCCACACACACAUGCAUGCACACACCUCCUCAUUUUCAAUCAAUGGUUAACAUGCAUGGAAUUUGUGUGAAAGCCAUAGAGUUAUAAAUAGAAAGAGAGUACUGUAUUGGCGUAUCUUCAUUCUGAUCAGACACUGCGAUGUCACGGAGGUUCAAAAAUGUCCACAAAGCGGGAUCAACUGUCAACCAAAGAAACAACAUUCUGCAGCAACACAUUAACACAACACAGAGAUUAAAUCUUGUCAGCAACAUGAAAUGUUUGUUGUUGAUACAACAGAGUGACAGGAAAAUGCAAGAAGGCUCUCCCAUAGAAACUACAAGAUCACGUGGCCACAGUGAGGCUCUCUCUCUCUCUCUCUCUAUUUAUAACUCUUUGGUGAAAGUGUCACACUCUGACCCCUUGUGGCGAUCCAUAGGAGAGACAAAUUCGAAAAGCUAAGAAAAACUUCCCUUACAAGCAACCUGCAAGCAAAUGCAACCAAAUAGAUGGAGGAGCGCUUAAAUUUAAAUGUUUUCCUUCUAAAUACUACAAUUGAUCUCUAAAAAGGGCCUUAUUGAGACAACUUCCUUUAAUUUUCAAUUCAACUUUGGCACAAACUCUGCUGGAAUCAGUGUAGACCUGAAGCAGAUCUGCAUGUUGCAACAGCCUGCUUCUCAUUUUGUCUGUUAUCCAGCUGAGCCCCACAAGACAAUACCACAGACUGUAUAAAUAGAGUCUAAAGCACCUGGCCGAUAAACAGGUUGCCCCACCCAUCAUUCUUAAGAAAGUGAAUGUCACACAUAGAAGGCACCUUUGUCUUUUUUUUUUUUAAGGUGAAAUGACCCAAAUACCUGGAAAGGAAAGGUCUUCUCUUUGGAUUGGUGGGCGGGAGGCUGUGAGCAGAGUUGGAUUUCAGGACCAACCCCCCCCUUUCCAAGCCUCACUGUUGUCCAGCGCAGUCGGUCCAGAGAGCCGCUGUGGAUUGCAUGUGUGUACUUUGGUUAAAGCCAUAGCUUUCCCGGCAGACUAUGAGCGUAGAUACCAUCAAUGAAGAACCGACACACCACUGGGAAUCUUUUUUUCUCAAAGGUCAACGACCUCAGAAAAGCAAUUAAUCCGGUUUAACUCCUAUUUGUCAAUGACGGGACGUUUUUACGAAUUGGAGGAGUGUUUGUACCAACUGAGGAUAUGGCCGAGGUAUACAAACUCUACAUGGGAAUAAUAACAGCUUUGGCCCUAUGCAAAUAUUCCUUGGCAGAAUGGAAUUCCACAGAUGAGCCGACCAAUCAAACUGUGUCUCACUGUCAUUUCCAUGGCGACCAGGACAACUGCACAGGUAGAUACACACCAAGGGGAGGAGGCAAAGAGGAUACCGAAGAGUGGAACGGACACUUCUCGAGAUGCCCUGAGGAGCUGACAUUUUACUGUGUUCAUGGAGAUUGUCGUUACGUUGAGGAGCAGAAGACACCUUCCUGCAGGUGUCAGAGAGGUUACACCGGAUCCAGGUGUGAAUAUGUGGACCUGGGCUUGCACAAAGGCGAGAGGAGACACCUCAUAAUAGGCUGCAUCGUCGCACUGCUUGCAUUACUUAUAGUUCUCAUACUAGGCAUCUGCAUCUGUUCAAAUCGCAGAUUCAAAUUGUGGUGGCGGAGAAGGAGAAGGACAGAAGAACCAAAGAAGGAGACAGAAAAGCUGAAAAUGAUCAAAGCGAGCGCGGCCAAUGCAACAGACUCUAUAGAAACAACGAAUAUCAACUCUGUGUGAUGACUGUGGGACUUCAGUCGUAUAAAGUGGAGCUGCAGCUGGCUUUUGUUUCACCACGACAGCAGGUUGUUACAGGACGUCCUUGGACACGUAGACCUAAACGAAAGAACACUUGGAGACUACUGAAUCUAAAAAAAUAAAUCUCCUGAAGUCUUCAAAACUCUCUCAGAAAAAAAAGAUUUUCGAUAAACUGGAGAAGCCUGUUGAGCUUUUUUGUUCGCUGGCAAAAGGUCUUCGCAAAUGCUGCAGGGCAACAGAUGCACUCGGCUCGUCACUAAGCACUUCUGGCCGGAUGGCACCAAAAAAGUUGUUGCUAUGUUGGAAACCGCUGAGGCACCAGCUGGCAGCUCUUGAUAACAGUCAGCCUGGUUGUUGUGUGGGAGACACAUUUAUGAGCAAAGGAACUGUUUGGAAAUGCUAAACUCCAUCUUUACUCACAGGAAAGGAUUUUUAUGAACCAUCAGAUGUGUUUGCACAAUCUGUGUAAUCUUCUUUUUUCACUUUAAGCGCUGGUUUUACUUUGGUCUCAUUUCAUAGUGUUACAGUUCAUCCAAAUUAACACACAUCACUGUUUAAUCUUCCUUUCAGAGGCAAGGCUAUUGUUACAAAUGUUUCAUCAGCAGUGCAAAGCGUUCUCCAACGAAUCGUAACGUUUAAAAUGAACUGCAGGGUUAAGAAAGGACAAGAAAAGCUUGUGCUGGAGGCUGGUUUGAUCUGUAUAUUUGGAGCAGAGCAAGGACCGGACUACAGAGUCCGGACAGCUGAGUCUGUGUGUGAGGGCUGAAAGUAGCCCACUGUGUGAGAAUUUUUCCAGAUGCAGUGACCUUCAGUCAGUUCAGUCUGCUCUUGCUGUUUGUGUCAUUCAUUAAUUUUUCAUUUUAAGGGCCUAUAUCCUGCUUUUCUUAAGGCGAUAAAACAACUCGAUUUCUGAGGCACCACCUUUCGCUUCUUGUGGGCCGCCCAUUUCAACCUUGAGUCUGCGUUUCGUUUAUGAAAAUAAACAACAUCCAAACUUUCGCAAAGACUGAUGUGCAUAAUGCGCAUAUAAAGUGAAAGCGUUUAGCCGGUGUGUGUGUGGUAGCCUGGUGGUGGUGGUGUUGGCAGCACAGACAUUUCCUGGAAGGGGCUCUUCCUCACUUUCAUACAUAGAAAUGUCAGAACCUGCUCAUUUUCGUGGAUUGGGAGAGGUUGGUGCUCAGAGCGCAGGUUUUCAGAGGAAUGCUCAGAGCUGCAUGAAUAGAGCAAAAUACCACUUUGGGGUUGUCUUUUGUGAGGAAUGGACAUUAUAAUACACUUAAAAGCUCAAAAGGUUGAUUUUGCAUGAUAUAGGCCAUUUAAACUGUGUCAUCUACUUUGUUCAUUAGGUUUGCCUAAUUACAAAUAAUUGAAUUUAGCUUACUUUUAAAAAUGUUUUUUCUUAAUUUGAAGCACUUUAAUGCGUUCACCAGCUUAAAUUAGAUGCAUUUAAGGUAAAAACAAAAACUACUUUUGCCUCCUAUUUAUUUUAUGUAAGGAUAAGCUUUUUUCUUGAAAAACAAUUUUCAAUCUUUUGGCGAUUCAUCGAAACUACCACAUUGAGCAUUUCCUUUAAGCUGAUUUGAGUCUUUCUGAAGAGUUUGUUUGUCAUGGUCUGCUGAGUCUUAGGACUGGCUAACAUGUUUUAGAUGAAAUAUUAACCUUUGACACACUUUUUUUUUAAAGUGGAGCAAUAAACUUUCACAACUUUCUUAACAAGUA